AUGAAGACGGAGAGCUUCCUGGAGGCCCAGGAGGGCUUCCUGGAGGCCCAGGAGGGCUUCCUGGAGUGUCUGGAGGCCCAGGAGGGCUUCCUGGAGUGUCUGGAGGCCCAGGAGGGCUUCCUGGAGUGUCUGGAGGCCCAGGAGGGCUUCCUGGAGUGUCUGGAGGCCCAGGAGGGCUUCCUGGAGUGUCAGGAGGCCCAGGAGGGCUUCUUGGAGUGUCUGGAGGCCCAGGAGGGCUUCCUGGAGGGUCUGGAGGCCCAGGAGGGCUUCCUGGAGAGUCUGGAGGUCCAGAAGGGCUUCCUGGAGGGUCUGGAGGCCCAGGAGGGCUUCCUGGAGUGUCUGGAGGUCCAGGAGGGCUUCCAGGAGGGUCUGGAGGCCCAGGAGGGCUUCCUGGAGUGUCUAAAGGCCCAGGAGGGCUUCCUGGAGGGUCUGGAGGUCCAGGAGGGCUUCCUAGAGUGUCUGGAGGCCCAGGAGGGCUUCCUGGAGAGUCUGGAGGUCCAGGAGGGCUUCCUGGAAAGUCUGGAGGCCCAGGAAGGAUUCCUGGAGAGUCUGGAGGUCCAGGAGGGCUUCCUGGAGGGUCUGGAGGUCCAAGAGGGCUUCCUGGAGAGUCUGGAGGUCCAAGAGGGCUUCCUGGAGAGUCUGGAGGUCCAGGAGGGCUUCCUGGAGGUCCAGGAGGGCUUCCUGGAGAGUCUGGAGGCCCAGGAAGGCUUCCUGGAGAGUCUGGAGGCCCAUGAGGGCUUCCUGGAGAGUCAGGAGGCCCAUGAGGGCUUCCUGGAGAGUCUGGAGGUCCAGGAGGGCUUCCUGGAAAGUCUGGAGGCCCAGGAGGGCUUCCUGGAAAGUCUGGAGGUUUAG